AUGUUCGGACCUCGAGUUCCAAGUGUGGGACUUGGUGCUUCUGAAUGUGUCAUCCAAUUUCAGAACCGGGGUAAGCUGGGCUCCCAGUUUAUUGACCCAAUCAGGAUUUCCGCCCAGGUGGGCAAGGUUGCAUACCGGUUGGAUUUUUCUGAUGAGCUCAAUCAGAUCCACAACACCUUCCAUUUCUCUCAUCUGCAAAAGUGUGUUGCCGUUGAUUUGGCGAUGAUUUCUUUGGAUGAUAUUCAGGUCAAUGAGCGCCUGAAUUAUGUAGAGAGGCCGAUUGUGCUUCUCGACAGGAAGACCAAGGCUCCGCGCAACAUGGUGAUGAACCUAGUGAAGGUACAAUGGCAACAACAUAAAGGUUCAAAGUUGACGUGGGAACCUAAUGAUGAGAUGAAGGAGCACUACCGAGACUUGUUUGCAAUAGCGGACUUCGACAAUGAAGUUUGA